AUGUUUGAAUGCUUACAAAUACAACAAAACACUUUUGUCUUCAAAACUUGCAAAAGCAAAGAAGCAUGCAGAUAAUGGCGUCAAAGGAGUAAAGGCCAAAUCACUUUGGGAGCAUAAAGGAGGUGGCUGCUGCUUGGGCAAGGAGGGAUAAAGGAUAUGAUCCAAGCCUUUCUUAAGGAGAGAGGUCCUUGAACUGAUGCAUGAAGAGUGUUUUAUGGAUUAACCCUUCAUUGAUUACAACAGCUACAUAGUUAUGGCGACCUUCCAGACUUUCAAAAACAGUCGCAUGAAAACUAGAGCAUCUGUCAGAAAAAGCUUCAGUGAAGAUGUGUUCCAGUCUGUAAAGUCUUUAUUACAGAGUGAGAAGGAACUAUGCAGUGUAUCAGCAGAGGACUGUUUAAAGCAGGAUGAACGUGCCAAUUUGACUGAGGUCACAUUUCUAGGUUUUAAUGAAGAAACAGAUGCUGCUCAUAUACAGGAUUUAGCUGCAGUUUCUUUGGAGCUUCCAGAUCUUCUGAAUUCACUGCACUUUUGCAGUCUAAAUGAAAAUGAAAUUAUUUGUAUGAAGGAUAUAAAUAAGUCAUCAGAUACAAACAGUGGUCCUAUAAACCAGAGUCAUCAUUCUGGAAUGCUUUGUGUCAUGAGAGUGUCACCUACAUUACCAAGACUCAGAGCUGAUUUUAUCUUUAGUCUCCUAAGUAAAUAUGCCACUGGUAUAAGAUACACCCUGGACACAUACGUGCAUCAGAAGUGCCAGCUUGAGGCCACUAAUGAAGAUGAUGAUGACACUAACCAAUCAGUAUCGUCCAUCGAAGAUGACUUUGUCACUGCGUUUGAGCACUUAGAGGAGGAGACUUCAAAGCCAUAUAGUGAUGGAAUAAACGUUACUGCACUAAGGAGCCAGUGUGAUGUUGCUUCACAGACUAUUUCUGGUCACCACUUAGAAACCCAUGAUUUGAGGGUUCUGGUUAGCUCUGGGCGACAGAAGUCCUUGGCUAAACCUUCAACUUCUCUAAUAAACGUCCUGGAACAUAAAGAACUGCCUUCUGUGAAAACUUCAGUCACAACAUCAAUUUCUGAGGCUUGGGUCCAGAGGAGUUUCUACAGAUCAUCCACUGCUUCAGAUAAAGUCAGUGCUGCGCAGACAACGUUGUUUUCUCCUUCUCCCGCCUACUCGUCUGAGUCGGAGAGCUCAAGUCCAAGUCCUGUUAUUUUCUUGGAUGAAGAGGGCUAUCAAAAAAGUCUGAAAGCAAAACUUGAGUUACCUAAAAUUCCGGUGAUGAAAGAUGAUAUUGAGGAUUCAGACUCAGAAGUGAGUGAGUUUUUUGAUAGUUUUGACCAGUUCGAUGAACUGGAGCAGACUUUAGAGAUGGCUUGUCCAUUUCUAAAAGAUCCUGCCACAGGGAAGCCACCACAAAAGAAAGGGCACAAACAUGAAAAAUCUUGUUCUGUAACCACUACUAUGAAUCCUCAAAAGUUCAAGUCUGAUCGUCCAGCUCUCCCAGCUAAUGUAAGGAAGCCAACUCCUCGCAAACCAGAAUCCCCUUACAGUAACCUGUGUGAGGCCCCAGAUUCUCCCCGCCUGGUGAAGGCCUCGGGGGAGGACAGUGGCCUGUUCAGCCCUAUUCGAUCCUCUGCCUUUAGUCCUCUUGGAGGCUGCACGCCUGCUGAAUGUUGUUGCCAAGCAGCUGCUGGUGGCAGUAGGAUUCCUGAAAGUCACGAUUCUGUUUAUUACACCUAUGAAGAUUAUGCGAAUAGCAUUUCACGUGAAGUACUGGGCUCGGUUCUUCACCCCCGACAUCCUAACGCAGCAUCAGACGUUGAUCGUAUUAAAAAGGGGGAACAUAAAACUGUAGCUCUCAAGCGUGGAAGCCUUGAUCACAAAAGUCGAUCUAAAAAUAAAUCCUCAGUGAUUAGGGAUGGCAUUCAGAAGUUUGCAGCGGAUCUCGUGGAAAAAAGUUUUGGCAGUGCAUUUAAAGACUUGCAGAAGGGAGUCUCUUCGUGUACCAACGCCCUGUGCCAACUGGCCGUCAAACUGACAUCCUCCGUUUUUCAGAUGGCAUUUAACGAACUGAGAAGGCAGCGUGCGUUUUUUCUGAAAGAACGAGCCAUUAGCAGUCUGGCUAACUUUUUGGUGAGUGAAGCUUUCUCAAAUGCUUUGAAAGAUUUGCAGUACGUAAAGAAGCAGAUCUUCACGAACACCGUGGCGAGGUUCGCCGCAGAUCUUGCUGAAGAGCUGGUUUUUGAAGGCAUCAUGGAAGUGUGUCAGUUUUCAUACCCUCCAACUUCUGCAUCUCCACGGGGCUGGUCAUUUGACUAUGAAGACAAAGUCGUGAAGUCCUAUGCAAAAGAUCUGUCUGAAUCUGUCAUACAGGAAGCAUUCAUCGAGCUGUCUCAGGUCGACGUGACCUUUACAACAAAGGCAGCAGUCAGCGUUUCUACAGAUAACGUGAAGUACGUGAGUGCAGAGCACGUGGUGCCACCGACACAGGCUCCCACGUUUUCCCCUUCUUUUAACGGUCAGACAAUUAUGGCGACGAAACCAAUGCAGGAACAUAAAAAGGAAUACACAGUGCAGCAGGCCUUGUUUUGUACUUCUGGAGUUGCUACUUCUAUACCCGUGCCCUUGGCAGGAAGCGCCCUCCUCCCGUAUCAUGCUUCAUCUAGUGCGCGGCAGGCAGAGUCUCCCCCAUCAUCUGAUGCUAGUGACUUGCAUGGAGAUUCCCCCCAAGCAGGUGUUACCACAAAAAACAAAGAAGAGGAAGUAGCUUGUCUCAGAAAUAUCUGUUUACCUUCAGAACACGAUCCAGGUGACCAGAAUGUUGUUAAGCCAACUAAUGAUUAUACGGAAAUGAGAAACCCUUCGAAAUCAACCAGCGAUCCUGUGGGUGUUAGCAACUUUUCUGCAGCAAUGGUGCACACAAUAGUCAGUGAAACUUUAGAGUCAGUGAUGUCACUCAGAGUUACAGAAACAGUGCAGGGACACACAGGUGGCUUAACUACAACAGUAAAGGGGAAGACCUCUCCUUCCCCCUGUGAUCCAGCAGCGCUGCAACAGAGUGAAGCCAGCAACAAGGACAUGUUUGCUGAUCGACUAUCUAAAUCUAUUAUUAAACAUUCCAUAGAGAAAAGCAAAUCAGUGAUCCCAAAGGUAGAUAGAAAUGGACUAGACAAAGAAGGCUUGCCUUUUCCUGGAGAAGAAUCACGGCUGACUUUGGAAAAGUUCCCCAAAUUUCGUGAAGCUCAAGAUCGUUUACCUCACUGUUCACAUUCUGCAGGGAAGGACUGUGUUUCUGGCUGUAAGGGUUCUGCGGCUCAUGAAUUCUCUUUAGAGACACUACCACCUUGUCCAACUGUGGCAGGUCAGAAACCUGAUUUGAAGGAAAUAACUAAGGGCAAAUCUGUGAAGAAGAGUAAUUUGAAUAAUACAGCACUUGAGUCCUUGUCUCUGGGGCAGGAAACCCCCUUUCCCCAUUCACAUCCUCUCUCGUCCACGGUGCUUGCUUGUACAGAUGGUUUGCAAGUGGAAGACAAACAGAAGAUCACAGAUGGAAACGUAAUGCCCGAUACCCCUCCGUCAACUCCUCUAGGACCAUCCCAGGCAGCUUCCGAAUGGGAUCUCAAGAAGUUGACCAAAAAACUCAAGGGGGAAUUAGCAAAAGAAUUUGCGCCUGCGACACCACCCUCGACACCUCACAAUUCAUCUGUUGGUAGUUUGGCUGAAAGUGAACAAAAUCCUAUAGAGAAAGAGGAGUUCAUGCUGAAGCUCAUGCGAUCCCUUUCAGAAGAAGUUGAGAGCAGUGAUGGUGAGGAGCUCCCGGAAGUGGACGUGAAGUCAGAGCCCUUGGGGAAGAAAGUUCAGUUUGCAGACGCCUUAGCCACGCACAUCAUUUCUCUUGCCACCGAAACGGCAGCUUCCCAUUUAGACAAUAAAAUAAUUCAAGAACCCACGGCCCAAAGCCCUCGCUUGAACACGCAAAGUCAAAGAAGUGGAUCACCUUCCUUUUUGAAUUGCUCGGAUGAGAAUUUACAGACGCUGUGCAGCUUUGCAGGUGAUAUGGCAGCAGACGUCAUUACAGAAGCUGAAAAAAUAGCCAGAGUCAGACGUUGUCUGCUCUCCAGGCAGAAGAGGAACAGUUGUUACGUUGAUGGUGACCGAGAUGAUACAUCAGCGGAAAAGCUGGACGUCGAGGCUGUAGCACACCCAAGAGAAGUCGACCCGUUUAUUCUUUCGUUACCACCAAAUUCUUGUAUGUCAGGUCUGACCUACAAGUAUCCCAGCUGGGAAAGUGUGACAGAUGAGUACGCAGGUCACAUUAUCCAAAUACUAAAGCAGGAGGGUGGGAACAGUGAGUUAAUAAUGGAUCAGUAUGCGAAUAGACUCGCUUAUCGGUCUGUGAAGUCAGGAUUGCAAGAAGCAGCCAAGACAGCCAGAAGGAAGUGCAGCUCGGCAGCGUUCCCCAUGCAGAGCUCACAGACAAAGACCAGCGAUGAACUGUUACUGUCCCUAAGUAAAGAAUACCAGCAAGAAGUCGAUAAAAAAAGACACAGCAAGAGAGGUGGCGGUUACCUCUGUAAGAACCAAACUUGUGAAUGGACCCGGGAUCCGCACGGAAGCGAGGGCUCUGAACUGUACAGGUUUUCAACUUCUCUCGCUCACAGCAUAACGAGGGAUGUUACAAGAGCGCUGAGGGCAUCUCCAGUUGGCUUGCCAAAAUCCGUAACAGAUUCUUGCCUUGAUGAAAAAUACGGCUGUGAUGGAGACACCGAGUCCCAUGUGGAGCCAGACUUUCCUAGGCCUCUUGGGCCUUCCUCCCAGAGUCACAGGUUUCACCCCAGUCCUGGCAGCUUGAGCGCUGGUGGCUACGGAGGGAACGUCGUUCAGGCUGUAGAGCAGUAUGCCAAAAAGGUGGAGGGUGACAUUUUAGAGCUGAGUCCAGGGUCUGCAGCCCCCCACACAUCGGAGACCACAAAAGCGGCUGAGAGGAUCACUCACGCAGAAAAGUUGUCCCCUCUGGUCGGUCAGGCUUGCCGAUACUGUGACCAGAAAGAGCUCCAGGACAGCACUGGACAUUCCUCUCCACACUUUCCCAGACGGGAUUCCCUUGCCAGCAGUCAGCCUGUUUCUAAUUCAAAAUUCAGCAACCUCUGUCAGAAAUCUAGAGUUUUUCAUCUGGACGUCCCUCAGAUUCACGUUGACCUUGAUAAGAAGACAGUACUGGCUGAGAAGAUAGUUGCCGAAGCGAUCGCAAAGGCAGAGAGAGAGCUGAACAGUGCCAGCCUGGUCGCUGAUAGUGGCAUCGGACAGGAUGGCGUCAGCUUUGCCGAGAGCCUCACCACAGAGAUAAUGACAUCGGCGAUGAUGAAUGUCGGACAUGCUGUUAGCAGCCCAAAAGAAAUAGAAGACUUUCAGUCAUCUGAGUCUUUUGGUAGCCAGCAGAUGAAUCUCAGUAUUGGUGAUGACAGCACGGGUAGCUGGUCCAACUUAAGCUUUGAAGACGAGCACCAGGAUGAGAGCAGUAGUUUUCAUCACCUAAGUGAGAGUAAUGGUAACAGCAGUAGCUGGAGCAGUCUUGGUUUAGAAGGAGAUUUGUAUGAGGACAAUUUAUCCUUUCCAACAUCAGACAGUGAUGGUCCGGAUGACAAAGACGAAGAGCAUGAGGAUGAUGUAGAAGGUUUGGAGCAAGAUGGGAAGACUCUGCUAGUUGCGAACGUUGACCUGGAGCCGUGCACGGUAGACCCCCAGCUGAGGAUCACUCUUCAGUGGCUCGUUGCCUCUGAGGCAGAAGUUGCGGAACUUUAUUUUCAUGACUCAGCAAAGAAGGAGUUUAUACAACUUUCAAAACGAUUACAAGAAAAAGGCUGGAAAGUGGGAGAUGUCCUCCAGGCUGUGCUUAAAUACUAUGAGGUGAUGGAGAAGACUUCCAGCGAGGAGAAACGCAAGUCCCUAUUUGAUUGGCUCUUGGAAAAUGCGUAGAACAAACUCCAAACCAGAAUAUUUUAUUAUUUGUUUUGGGAGAGGAAGAAACAGAUAAAGAUGCAUAGGGUAAUAUUUGAAUAGUGAAUAUUAACAUUUAAAGUGAACCUGGAGGAAAGUAAAUGUAGCUUUUUAAGUGCAUUGUGUCAUCACACGGUGUAUAUAGUCCAUAUUUUUGGAAUCUGUCAAAUGUUAUAUUCAUUUAUUCUUCUGUACACAUGUGUAGUAUGUUAAGACCCUGAGAACAUGUAUUUGGAAGGAAUUCUAACCAUGAGGCUUUCAGGGACAUUGACUGACGGCAUUCUUUUUGCAUCCAAAUUGUGCUGCUAGAAAUUGCACUGAGGUGGCUGAGGGUGGAUUCCAGGGAUAAAGAGUUAUAAUUUUGCUCCUUUGCAAGCAGAUGGUAUCCUAUUAAUAAGUAAAUUGACAUCAAAAAAUAGCAUUGAGGCUAAUUUUUCUUUCCUGAUUUUUUUUGUCCUAUUUUUAAAGGGUCAAUUUUAUUUUCGUAGUUCAGCUAUUGGUAGCUUUUGGAAUCCCCAAAGCUAUUUAAUUUCUUAGAAGCAUUAGUAUUUUAGGUUUCUAUAAAUCCUGUGAUAGUUUCCCCAGCCUUUCAUCAAAUGACAUUAUUUGCUAAUGUCGCCAGCUGUUCUGGCGUGAAAGCGAGUGUGUGUGUGUAUGUGUGUGUGUGUGUGUGCGUGCGUGUGUGUGUGUGUGUGUGUGUGUAAAGGAGAGCUUUAACCUUGCUAGUGCGUGGUGCCCUCUUUUAUUUUACUCUUUUCUUGGUUAGAAACCCACUGUUAACAUUAAAAAAGGUGCUUUAAAAUAAAAUGUCUAUAAAGAUUGUGCAGUAAGAAUUUUUAUUUUUAUUUUUUUGACUAUUUUGGGUCCCCAGUUUAUCCUAUAAAUGAGAACCUUUCUUUAAAGGCACUUUGUGAUUUUUCCAAAGACAUUCUGGAUCUGUUCGGCUGCUCAAUCUUCAUGUUGAAAUUUUAAAAAUCAAUGUAAAUUUGGAAAUUCAUUUAGAGGAGCCCAGUAAUGAUUUUCAUUGUUGGAAUUUUGAAAAAAAAAAAACAAAAAACAAACUCCACUUUAAGCAAAGAUAAGCUUUGUCUAGAAAAAAAAUGAGACUCCCCCACCCCCUUCCCCAAUAAAAUGCACCUGCUCUGUUUUGUAAAGUCCUCUGAUGGGAUCUUUCUGGGCCCCGUGUUUUCUGCUUGUCUUUAGUAACUGCAGGUUGACCUGAAUAGAGAACCAGGCUUGUGUCUUGGUUUUGUACGUGAGGGUGUAUGUGUAAGUUUUUGGUUCUUCCAUUAACGAUUUUGUAAUCUGGAGUAAAUCACUUUUUGUUGGAGGCUUUGGUUUGGUUCCGUUACUUUCCCUUUUUUUCUUGAGUACUGACUAUUCCGGAAGCUACACAAACGUUAGAAGACAUAGCACCUGCCAGGGGACAAAGAGUAAGAGCACUUACGUUAAUUUGAAUUAAUAAUUAUGGUAGAGAAAUUAUUUUAUUGCUUUUGAAGAAAUUUGCUUUUUGAGGGAAAAAAUUGCCAAAAAUCUAUUUAAAUAUCUCGAGGCUACAUCGUAAGCUUUGGUUUUUCUCAAUUUAAGAUAAAGCAAUCAAGCAGGCCUUAAGAAGAAGUUUUCCUAAAAUUUCUUCAGGUAUUUUUUAAGGUGGAGAAAUGCAGGAAGGAUAUAUAUAUAUAUAUAACCAGAAUUGAUUCUGCCUUUAACUUCUCAGAAUGUGAGAUGCAGUGGCACUGGACUGGGUUUUUAAAUGUCAGGAACUGGGUCGUUACAACAUGGAUGAAUGGAUUAUUAAGUUUAGAUUGAGGUUUUACAAAUAUAUAUCUAUCACGUUGUGUUUAGUCACUUCAGCAUAUGUAUGGGUUUGACUAACAGCAAAACUGAGUUCUGCAUUUCUUUUAAACUAAAGUGACAGUGUGUUAGCUCUGUAAAACUUUCUGUACUUGAAGGUGUUGUGUGUUUAUUUCUCUCCCAGUGAUAAUCAUUCUGAGGUAAGGUUGUCCUCAUGUCUUUGUUUUCUUUGCCUUUUCUGGAGCUGGGCUGGAUUCAGAGUUCCCUCAUGACAGACCAGUCAUUAGAUGCUUGCGUGCGUAGCACUGGUCCCACUGGAACUCCACCCUCGUUUCAGUUCAGUGCAGAGGUGUGGAGAAAAAUACUGAGUAUUGGCAGACAUGCAAGGAAGCGUGAGUUAAGCUUCCUUAUAUAGAGAGAAAACAUUUGAGUUUAGAGCAGUAUCUUUAAUCAAGAACAGUCUAAAUUUAACUUUCUGUAAAGGCACUUUGUGAUUUUUCCAAAGACAUUCUGGAUCUGUUUGGUUACUCAGUCUUCAGAACAGCUCUGUCUGUUGAGGCCAACUCUGUCUUAUUUUAUUAAAAAUCUACUUGACACAGUUUUAUUAUGACAUUGUAAUACUGCCAUUCUGCACACUUUGGCCUUUAUGAAAUACCAUGUCUUACUCAGAACUGUUAACAUCGUGAUGUGCUUUGGGUUGAAUUCUCUGUUUAUCAGUUUCAGAACCAUCAGGAUCUGUAAAAAGAAAGUGAAGGAGGAGGCCUCGGAUGGGGGGUUUUUAGAACAUUGUUUCAGACUGAAAUGGGGCAAUUCUUUCACAUUCUUCUUUUCCCAAGCCAAGUUUAAAUUACAUUUAUAUUUUGGGUAUUAUUAAUUUUGAUUUUGAAAAUAUUUCCUGAAGGAAUGAUUCGUUUAUAAAUCACAGAAGAAAAUCACAGUAUCUGUUGGGUGAUUUUGAUACAAUUUAAUGGAGUAAUAAAAUCUUUGAGAAUAUUCACUCAGUGAAUAUAUGUGAUGAACAUCUUCAUAUUUUGAAAACUGUUCCACUGACCCUUAUGAAUAUUUACUAUGAAUUAAUUCAGUUCAUAAUACUUUCACUUUGCUUACAUGAGGGUUUUAUUUUGCUGGUGGGAGAGGUUAAUUACUUAUUAAAUGCCCGACUUAUAAAGUGAAAGAUAGUUUACCCACGUGACUUUGACAUCAGUGCACGUCCCCCAGAUGCAGAGUUUAACCUUGACUCUUCAUCAGAGUCCAGACUCAGAUGUCUUCUUAGUUAAAUAUUUAGCAAAUGUUAUUCUUCCACAAUUAAAAUGAUCAACUUCCCACCAGUCUGUUGCUUUAAAUUUUAUGUUUUUUUCAAAGGAAUCUUUCCACAGAAUUUUUAAAAAACAACGCACCCAGGGUGUAGGGAAAAUACUUACCAGUUAAAACCCCGCCUCCUGUCACCAGCACAAGAGAAUUAGAGUUUCCGUGGGGAUUACAAAAUUGUACUAAAAUGAAAUGCGCUUUUUCCUCAUUGUUCGCAAAAGACCCUACACACCUUUACUCACGCACUGUAUUCCUGCUCUGAAGAUGCAAAUACAGUGUUAGUCACUCUUGUCACUUUAUUUAUUUAUUUUUUUUUUUACCAUCCAUGCACAUUCCUUUCACAUGGGCAGAAUUGUAGUUCUAGAAGCUCAUUGUUUUGUUUUUGUUGUAAUGUUUGAAUGCUGUUUAAUAUCAGGUUUUACUGUUGCUGGAUUUGCUACCUUUGGUUGCUUGUGCAGUGUUAAAAGUUAAUUCACAUUCUUGUUUAAUAUACCAGAUAUAUAGCAAAAGCAGCUUUGAAUAAUUGUAGCUGUUUAUUUGACUGUGCUGAAUUAAUACAGUAAGAUCUUGUAUAGCAGUAACUUUUUUUUUUUUUUUUUGCUUUUCAGUAAUUUAAUAUGUUCAUUUACCAAAAUAUGAACUUCAGGAUGCACUAAAAUUUUGUUUCAGCCAUGGCUCAAAAUAAACAUUUCAGAAAUUACUUUUGUAAUAAUUUGCAAUGAAUUGUUCUGUUACCUUUUUUCAACUGUUUAAGUUUGUGAUCUUUCUCUCCCAACUAAGAAUUCUCCAAUAAACUUGAGAUGUCUGGC